CAUUCCAUCUUGCAACUGCAUUGUUCUAUCAGAACAGUAGAACUUUGUCCUUCCACCAUGGUCCCGUCAGAACUCUAGGGAGUCCCAUGUCUGGAUGGAAGAAUUCGAACAGAUUUUUUGAUGCCUUUCCUAUCAGCCAAUUUCUUCCAAACCUUUCACCUUUCGAAUGAGUUGUACGUCCAACACGAGUUCAAAAAGUGUCGAGUAGUGCAUGCAACGCCCAAAAGAGUUUAUUACGUUUUGUUUAGAUAACUGAAGUCGAGUCUAUCGCACACAAAAGUAACAAAGCAAUCUACCACUCAACCGAAACUCUAGCUGCGAAGUCGUUCCAUAAAUUUAUUUGAUCAACCACAAAACAACAUUCAAAAUGAUCGCAACAAGCAUAAAUUCAAUGGAUUCUACUACCAGCAUGAGGAUAAAAAGUGAUGAUCAGAUCCGCCACCGACUGAUACGCAGCCUUGGUAUCAACCAUUCACCAAAAUCAAAUAUGAAUGGCCGGAUGAUGCAGAAAAACAUUCUUACCGAAAGAACGCAAGAAAUACCGCUGAAGAACCACUGCCACAACAAAUCGGCACCGAAGGCCGAUUCUAGAAUCCAAUUUAACUCUGUUGUUAAAGCGAUGCCUAUUCCUUCGCAUCAGGAUUACUCAGACCGAGUGAAGAGGCUGAUAUGGUCGAACGGGACCGAAAUUCGACAGAACGCGCAAAGAAAUGCAAGGGAAUUUGCAUUCGAGGGAUGGAGCGCACAGUAUGUCCUGGAAGAAGAUCAGAUGUAUCUAGACGUUGGCUCUAUGGAAUUCAUUCAUCCUGUUCAUGUAGUGGGAUUCUCGUAAUCUGACGAAAAUGUGUUGUACUUCGGUCGCAAGAAAGGGGCAAAUUUAUUGCAUUCUGGAGGACUUUGUUUGGACUUGCACAUACUUCGACAUAGUUACAUUGCUGUACAUAAUUCUGAGCGGAGAACAGCCCAGGCUGAGCGUAAACUAUGAAAAAUAAUGUAUCAUUACAACCAAUGCAAUCAAUACACUAUGCUUUUGCUGGAACAUACUGAAAGAUCGAUAACAUCAUAUCAUCGGCAUAGCGACUACACAUGUUUUGUUGAACCGUAUUCUAGCAUGCCAACCCUGCCUUCCUUCAUCCACUAAUGAUCUGAAUAUUCCGGUAAGCUUAGUCCUAUUACCUCAUGUCUCUCACUACUUCGACAAAUAAUACGUACGGUAGGAGGCGAAUGUGUUUCAAGCCAAACUGUUACUCGUGACUCAAGAAAAUGACGUUUCAAUCAUAUUUUUGGGCGACCAGUACAGGCGGAGAUUAUAAUAUCGUACCGUACGUCUCUGUUGGAAGCAAUCAUCUGCAGCACCAUCAUUUAGAAAUACCGAUCCAAAUUCAUUUGGAAAGUCUACACCUCUAGUCGCAACAAAAUAGAUACAAAACAAAUAGUAAUAAUGGCCCAAUCCUGUAGAUAUCUCUGGCUAUUGCCUCUUUCGACCCUGUUUGGUGUUGUCACCAGUUUUGUGCCUCCAUUUACCAUGAGUUCGAUGCCUGUGUACGACGCUGUCGACGCGAUGGAGCAUACUUGUACUGUGUCGACAGCAUCAAAAUCGCGACUUGUCGAUGCUACGAAUUUUCUGGUGUCAGCGGAAGGUAGCGAAAGCGUCCACACGGGUCUUAUAAAUUGGGAAAAUCCAGGGGAAGCAUUCGCAGGUGCAGUCACGCUCCUCUACAUUGGGUUUUCGAUUUUGGCUGGCAUCAAGUACGUCGUGAUAGAUGGUUGGAGGCCCAAGCUUUAGCACUUUGCUUUUCAAUGAAACUCCAAACGGAGAACAGAAUUUCGCCACUUGUAAUGUUUUGGGAGCAAGAUUUGGGAAAUGAAUCGUCCAGUAUUUGCAAGUGCAAAUUCCACUGCCACCACUGACCAGAACGCCUGACAUUAGACCGUUGUUCAGAAAGAAUAGAUGAAUUAUUUCUAGGAGUGGUAGUGAAAUCGAACAAUCGGCAUCUUCUAAGUAGUUUUAUUGGCAAUGCACCAGUGCACUACUUAUUCCGUCCUAGACUAUAUUUCCUGAUAGAACCAGAUUUACUCUUUAAAUAAUCUGAAUUAUCGACA